UCUCUCUCUCUCUCUCUCUCUCUCUCUCUCUCUCUCUCACCCAUCUCUUUUAUCUCAAGUUAUUCCUCUGUUCAUGAAUUAUUCCCCAUCUCUAUUAUUUCUCCCUUUUGCCAUUCUCUCGCCUCAUCUUCUCUUCUAGACCAGCAUUUCCCAUUUCUUCCCCAGUUGCUUCUUCUCACCAUUCUCUCCUCUCUACCUCCUCAUUCCCUUUCUCGCUAAUCUUAUCUCCCCUCUCCCACCUUUCUCUUACCUCUAUCUUCUCAUAUUAUUCCUUCCAUCUCCUUCCUUUAUCAUCCUACCGCGUGCCUCCCCCUCCUACCGUACAUGUGAGGGGAUGAUAGUGCUCCACUAUGGCCGCCGUCAGCGUUACACUGAAGCCUGACACCUGCAUAACGCCGCCAUCUUACUUCCCAUUAACACAGACCCGCAAGCGAUGGUGACGUAGGUAUCACGUGACUAUGGCAGUGACGUCACUCCCUGAUGGCAAUGGUACUAUGAUCCCGUCCUCUGAUAUCCUGGGAGACGCGGUGACGGCAUCAUCUUCACCUCUGGACGACGAGGCCUUCAAGAGAUACCUGAAGGACAAGGAGAAGGAGCUGGAGGAGUUCUACUCGACGUACGACGUGUGGACGGGGAUCAGGACCGCCAUCACUCUUGCCCUCUUCUUCGUCUUCACCGUCACCCUCAUCCUCUACAAGAGCAAGUGUAAACCUCGACGGAAGUACGAGCUCUACCCCAGCCUCGAGGACAUGCCUGAUCGACCUCUUGAUUAUUAUGAUUACUGGUGCUCGAGUCCGGUGAGCGAGGACAGGAGAGAAAAGGUGAACGGCGUGGACAGCAUAGGACGGUGUUACAACCAUGGACGGGUGGGGACAGGAUCGGCGCCCCUACCCACCAAGCGUUCCGUGGGGUCCUACUCCAGUCUAAACAACUCCUUCAGAGUGAAGAGCUUGCCUGGAAGUGUUAUGAGAAUCAACUGUUCGCGAAAUUCCUCCUUUGAGCGUGAUGAUUCUUCCCAAGUCACUGGGCACUCGGUUCGGUCAGAGUUCCUGUCAGUGCCGGGAGUCAGGUUACAGUCGACGGGGUCCAGCAGUGAUGGAUACAGUGCUGGGUCCUCCAGUCACGACCUGCCGGGGGAGAUAACAGCCAUGGCCCUGCUGGGGGUGCCGGGUCUAGGUCCUCGAGGCAACAAACCUGUACUUCAGUUGGGUGGGAUGGACUGGGACAGUGACCAUGCCACCGCUGAGUGGAUCCAGACCAUCGAUAUCAACGUCAUCCAACCCACACCUAAUAUCUCCCCGUGUGGGUCGGUUCGUAGCGUUUCCGACAAUGCCGAACUGGCGAGGUUGCCGUUGCCUGGUCGGGGUCGUGUUGCUUCUGUGAUUUCCCUCGACUCACCAGAGUUUGAUAAUCGAUCGAUCGGGUCUGACUCGGUGUUCAUUGAGGACUCAAUAGGUGAUACGUACAGCAGCCUGUCGGAGGGAAUAGAUCACGGCACUCUCGCGUUCCAGGCGUCACAACGCUCCUCUCUUACCCCGUCACCUAGAAACUCACUUCGCAAGAUUCACUCUUUCCGUUUAGGUAUCAAUCCUUCAGUUCCUGCUGCUAUUACCGUUCCUGCCCCGUCCGUGCCAACUCGCGCCCAGACAACCGUUAACGGCCAACAACGCCCACGUGACCAACGGAGCCGCCAGAAACUUCUUAAACGACAGCAGGUGCAGGACAUUCCUAUGCCCAGCAUUACACGUUCUGGCCCCGCUAUGUCUUCACUGCUUUUGCCUGCUCUAGGAAGUCAGUUGAGCACCUCAUGUGAGCGCCUCGCGGCCCACUCUGUAAUAACCACCGAGAGUGACCUGGGCAGCAGCCGCGGCUCUAACUCCCUGACACCUGUUGGCAGCAUUGAGGAAGAGCCCAUGUGUGCCGUGUUCACAGUGCCGACUCUGCGACGGUGUAACUCGGCCACGACUCCUGACCAGAAGGAGGAAGCGGAAGGUUGGAAACGUUCUGACAGCGCACAGAAUCCAACAGUGCGACGAUCAGACAGCGCUGCGAACCCACAGCGACAAUCAAGUGAGUCAUCCAGCGGGUCCGACGAAGCCAGCGAGUCUGUAUCAUUCCACUUAAUGGUGCCAGCACUAAGCAUAGAUAACCCCAGUGGCGACACCAGCCGAGCCUCCUCCCCAACUCUAUCCCCACCCAGCUCUCCGAAUUCCUCCCCACCACCUCCACCACCUCGCCUUUCCCCAAGCCCACAGUCUCCACGUACCAGAGAGCCACCAGUAUCACCCACACCUGCCCCAACAACAACACGAGGGAGGUCCGGGAGAAGUAAUGGCGGUCGGCGGGUGCUUCGACGACAGUACAGUCAGUGUAUCCCGUCGAGCCCUACCCUUCUGCGGGAGGUUCCUGCCCCUAACUCUCUCCCGACCUACGUAGAGGAAAACGAUGUUGAAGAUGACUUCUCCUUCCCAGCAGCACCGCCCCCUUCACCCUUCAGAGCCGGCUACUCCCUCUUCUUCCGUCAGGACUCUGGGCCUCCUUCACCUCGUUUAGCCGCCCACCACUUUAACCGGCAGGACUCUGGACCUCCUUCACCACUCUUAGCUCCUCAACACGUCAACCGGCAGGACUCCGGGCCUCCUUCACCACUCCCAGGUGCUAACUAUUUCAGUGGUCAGGAGUUUGGGCCUUCUCCUCCUCUUUUAUUUCCUCAUUACCUCAGCCGCCAAGACUCGGGGCCUUCUCCUCCCCUCUUAUCUCCCUACCAUCUCCUUCGUCAAGACUCUGGGCCCUCUUCUCCCCUCUUAUAUCCCUCCCCUCUCGGCUACCAAGACUCGGGACCUUCUCCUCCUCUCCUGUCUCCUUACCACCUCUUUCGUCAAGACUCUGGGCCCUCUCCUCCCCUCUUAUGUCCUUCCCCUCUCAGCCGUCACGACUCCAUGCCUUCAUCGCCCCACUUAUCUCCCUACCACCUCACCCGUCGAGACUCCAGCCCAAUGUCACAACGCUCAAGAGACUAUCAACUUUCCAAUCAAGAGUCCAGCCCAUCUUCGUCCCUCCGCUCAACCCCGUAUGAUCGUUACCAAGAAGACAGUCCCCCCUCAUCCACUAACUCAGGCUCUCGCUCUCAUUAUCCCGGAGAUUCCAGCCCACCUUCACCCACCCAGGACUCCAGCUCACCCUCAGUCGAACAACCAACAGUUCACCAAGAAGACUCCCGCGCGUCUUCGCCUUCUUGUUCUGUCAUGGAGACCUCCUGCUAACCCUCGAUAUCCUCGGUGUAGGAUCUCUGUAAAAAAUUGCUUGAUGAAAGAGGUUAAAUGUAUAUCAAGAACGCGCCACGAACCUCAUGUAACACACACUAACUACUCAGCGUAUUAGUUGUAUUAGAUGUAACAUAUUUAAAGUGUCCCAGAAAAGCAAGUGGUAUAAAUUUCUCAUUUUACAGACAUCGUUGGCAUCCCUUAUGUUAAAGUUACCCUUCAAGAAUUUCCAUUUUCUCUGACAUAGAAAUCUUUCGUUUUCUGUAACUCUCCGCUGGUGUAACCAUGUUAAUACGGUUAGAUAAUUUUCCUGCGCCCAAACGGACCCAAAACUCUAUCUUCACUCACCCGCAAUUUCCAGAGAAAAUUCAGUAGAGAAUAAUAUUGAACCAAUAUUGCUCCAAACACUAACGAACUUUCAAUUGAUGAGUAUGUGAUUAUAUUUAUUUUAUUUUCUCGACCCGAAAGAAACUUUUCACAGGUUUGAUUAAACGUCAACUUUCCACUGAUAACAAUAGUCAUCAUCAAGUGACAAAAAAAAAAGUGGAUAUUCGGGCGAGAGAGGCCAGGACCGGUGAAAUUCAACCUUUUCGUUAAUCAUUGUAUACAAACUAACGUAUAGGUGUUGAGCCAAACUGACAUACAUACACACAUACAGGCAACUGACAUGUAAAAAUGACUUUGCACCAUCUGUGAAUAACUGUUGUUUAACUUUCAUGCUAUACCGUCGGUGUGAUAAAUCAAAAUAUCACGACCCAGUGACCCCUGCCACCCGAGGCUCUCACCCCGGAUGUGUCGCGAGUGACAGCGGUCACACAUUCAUCCAUCUGACCAUUUCAUCAUCCAAAUGUCAUCCAUACAACCCUGAAGGAGAAAAUUACAUCACUGAUUAGUCCUGUGGUUUGAUAAUGCUUAGUGGUGG